ACCUCACAAAAAACGACACGACGUGUACUCUUUAGUCACCAUGUAGAUUCCUCCUCCUUUUCUAAUUCACUCAAAUUCUCUCUCAAAGAUUCCUCGGAUCAUUCAUCGGAAAUGGCUAUGGCGACGCGUACGAUUCGAUUCCAGUUACCGUCACUUGUUACUAGAUGCCAGUCAUCGGAACCGAUUAAGCAGAUCCAGAUCCAGCAGCGACCGAGAGGAGGCGAUUUGGCCGAGAACGGGAAGAUCGUGCUUCAGCCGAGGCUCUGCACGCUGAGAUCUUAUGGAUCUGAGCCAGGUGCGAUGGUCGUCGCCAGAAAAGACGGCGGAGAUGGCGGCGGAGGAGGAGGAGGAGGAUCUGAGGCGGAGUUAGCGACGCCGUUUUUCGAAACGCUCAAUGAUUACAUAGAGAGCUCGAAGAAGAGUCAGGACUUUGAAACAAUCUCCGGCCGACUCGCCAUGAUUGUGUUUGCGGCGACUGUGGCGGAGGAGGUUGUUACUGGGAACUCGUUGUUCAAGAAGCUGGACGUGGAGGGAUUGAGUGAAGCCAUUGGAGCGGGUCUUGGAGCGAUGGGAUUCGCAGCCAUAUUCGCCUGGUUAACGAUUUCUCGGAACCGAGUCGGACGGAUCUUCACAGUGAGUUGCAACUCGUUCAUUGACUCGUUGGUUGAUCAGAUCGUCGAUGGUUUGUUCUACGACACUGAGCCUAGUGAUUGGUCCGAUGAUCUUUAGAUUUCAUAAAUUAUAUAAAUGUUUGUAUAAUAACCACUGUACACGGUCUAUAAUAGUUAUUAUAUAGUUUUGAUCUUCAACCAUCGUUUCUUCAUGGUGCUUGAAGAUGAUAUUGAAAGUCUGUAACUUUUGCAUCUAUAUAUAUAAAAGGUAUGGAAUUUU